UGUCCCGGGCCAUCCUGGGCCUGCUAAGCCCAGAGACCGCGUCAUGAUGGAGAUCAUCCUGCAGAAAGAGGCCGGUGUUGGUCUGGGUAUUGGACUGUGCUGUGUUCCAUCUGGUGACGGCUGCCCUGGGAUCUACAUCCACACCCUCUCUCCUGGGUCAGUCGCACACAUGGAUGGCAGACUGCGGUGUGGGGAUGAGAUCAUGGAGAUCAACGACACUGUGGUUUACAACAUGGCGCUGAAUGACGUCUACACAGUGCUGAGCCAGUGUGCACCAGGUCCAGUCCACAUCAUCAUCAGUCGACACCACGACCCCAAAGUAUCAGAGCAGCAGCUGAAUGAGGCUAUCGCUCAGGCAGUGGAAAACAGCAAACUGAGAAAGGAUAAGAGCCAGUGGAGUAUCGAUGGGCUGCGCAGACUGGACCCCAGCUCACACAGCCGGCAGAGAUGUGAACGCUGUCUGGAGAGGAGUUUUAGUCAGCUGACGGUUCGACGAGCACAGAAGGCAAUGACGCGCUCCUGCAGCGACAACACCACCAGCCACCAGCACAACCAUUGCCUCACCAUACACAACCUCCACACUGCACACCACAACCCAUCCGCCCGCGUCCACAGCUUGGACACUCCAAAGUCAAUGAGAGAGACAUGGUCUGACAACAGACUGUCGGUGCCAGUUUAUCCUGAUGAAGACUAUAACGUCCCGUACAACUCUGCUGCUGCCAACCUGUCCGGUCAGCAGGCCCUUGAUCUGGCCCUCAGGGGCGAAAAGUCUACCUGCAGGGUGCGUGCUGCUCCACGGCGACACUGCUGGCCUCAGGAUGUGACCAGUGAGGAGGGUUAUAAUGGAGACUCCAGUGGCUCCAGCAGAGGAUCCCCAGUCAGAGAUGGACUGGAGUCGUCAUCACACACCAGCUGCCAGGAAGGAGAACGAAUAAGAGAACAGUCAGAGGGGACAAGAGAAGAUUUGACAUAUCCAGACACUGCAGCCUGCACGAGUGACAGACUACACACAGGUGAUCGAUCCACUGUGCUCUGCUCCCAGCCGAAGAGAGCCCUGAGGAGACAGGCUCGCGUUGACCAACAAACCCGAGAACUGCUUCAGGAGGAUCCUUGGGUUCGCCUGUCAGACAGCUCGCCUGAAGAGCUGCCCAAGAUCCACCGCCACCCCCGCCCCGACACGGCAGACAGAACACAGCCGACUAACGUCCACGUCAAGCCCGCCGCCAUGACUGACCAAGACAACAUGCCCGAGCUCAACGGCACAAACAGGACUACAGAUCCUCCAUCCGACACCACUCCCGAAAACCCAUUUGAAACUCCUCCGGGAGCAAAGAUGGCACCACCGGUGGCACCCAAGCCUGUCUGGUUCCGCCAGAGUCUGAGGAAACUUCGUGACGAGCAGGGCCAGAAGAAGCAAGCUAAAGCCGCCGAGCAGAGGCCCGCUGUGGUCUUCAACAGAAGCUCCGGAGUCAGAUCGGCCUCAUCUGCAGCCAACCUGUCCAUCAAGCAGAAGAUCCACUCGUUUGAGACUUUUUCCAGUCCAGAUGGUCCAGAGAAGGGGGGGAGCAGGAGGCCUGUGGCCCCUUCCACCGCUCUCCCUCUGGAGAAGGAGUCCGGGAGUCCCCCUUUCUCACUUGGAGAUUGUGGGAAGGGUGAACAUAAAAUCCCAGAAGAGAUCCAGGCAUCUGUUAGGGAGACAGACAGCACACAUGUCUCUGCUAUCACCUCCUCCGCUUCUGAAGCUUCUAGUCAAACAACAGCCAAGGAAACUGAAGAUGAAGCCAAGGAAACUGAAGAUGAACCCCCGUCUAUCCAAUCCCCCACAGAUCUCCCACUUUCUGAAACCAUCAGUGAGGAACUGGACUCAGGGAUACAUGAUUCUCAUUCAGCUCCAGUCUAUGAUGACAGGAAUUUCUUUCCAUCUAAACAGGAGUGUGAGCUAGAGAGAGAGCAUAUUACCACGUCCACAGAGUGUGAAGUCUUGCCCCCUGUGACAGCUGUGAGUUCCCGUGAAGCUGAAGGGGAAAGUCCUCCAGAGGGGACGGAGGAAGAUGGAGCGCAGAGCCAAGGAAAGCUGCCGACUCCAGCCACAGACAGUAACGCCCCGAGAGGCCUGGAGGGAGAGAGUUUAGAGAGAAUCCUCGCCUUCAGUAAACAGGUUUCCCAAGCGUUGAUGCGCAGGGAGCCCAUGUACCCCUGCCAUGGUAACCCUCGCACCCCAGACCUGCAGGACCCCUCCGCGGAGGAUUCCAUCAACCCCGGCCCGGACAGCAGCGAUAGAGGCUUCUCUGUCAGCCUGGCCACGCUGAGGGAGUGUACCAUUGAGCGUGGGGAGGGGGGGUCUCAAGACCAGGCAGCACUCACUUCUGCUUGUGCUCACUCGCUCAUCUCAGCCAUCCCCUCAGAGGAAAUACAGAGGAUGAUACAGGAAGUCCAAGAUCUGGAUGAGGAGACGCUGAAGCAACUGGUGGACAUCCAUGUUGUGAGUCUACAUAAAGAGGAGGGAGCUGGGCUGGGAUUCAGCAUCGCUGGAGGCUCGGAUCUGGAGAGCAAAGCUCCGACAGUGCACAGAGUGUUUCCCAGUGGCCUGGCAGCUCAGGAGGGCACCAUCCAGAAAGGAGAUGAGGUGUUGUCUAUAAACGGACAAACGCUGCGCGGCUUGACACACACCGACGCCACCGCCGCCCUGCGGCAGGCCCGCAGUCUCAAGUUGGCCGUGGUGGUCGUCUGCAAGAGGGCCGAGGAAGGAAGAGAAGAAGGCUGCCGGAGCGAAGAGCCCCACCCUGCAGAGGAGGAGCAGGGAGCUCCGGUGAGUGUGGAGCUGGAAAAAACAGCUGGAGGAGUUGGCUUCACUCUGGAGGGAGGAAAAGGCUCCAUCCAUGGAGACAGACCUUUGGUCAUCAACAGGAUCUUUACAGGCGGAGCAGCAGAGCAGAUUGGUCUGCAGCGUGGAGACGAGCUGCUGCAGGUCCAGGGAGUCAGCCUGCAGGAAAUGACUCGCUUCGAGGCCUGGAACAUGAUCAAGGCUUUACCUGAAGGAGCCAUCACCGCGGUGAUCCGGAGGAGGCAGGGGGGGGCCGAAUGACACACACACACACACACAGCUGUUUGGAGCCUCUUACGGAUGAAUGAAUGAAGAGGCCAAAGAAAAAGAGAAAAAAAAAGAGAAAAAACAACAGCACACAGAUGUUGGCCUUUUAUUACCAGUCUCAUAAACAUGGAAACAAAUCCUGCACUCAAUUUAAAAAAAAAUGCGUUUCAGUCCCACGGCUCCUUUACAUAAAAUAGUCCAGAGGGACUAUUUUAUUAGUAUUUUCUAAAUAAACUGUGAUGCUAAACCACGAGCAGAGUGCGGGAUUUGUUCCUUUAUUUCCAAGUUGAUGUUAUUUUCCAACGCACCUGCACAGAAGAAUUUUUGGAUGUGCGAGUUGUUUCUUCAAAAAAAGAUGACCAGUCUCAUAGAAAUCAGGUAACAGCCAGCCAUGGUGGUCUUGAAUACAUUUCUAGUAUUUUUAUAUCACAUUUCUGAUUAGAUAUUGAAGUUUAUUAAAUGGUCAGUUCACCUAUAACCCACUUAUACCGGUAACUCGCCAUGUGUCCCAAUUCCUGUGAAUAAGUCUCAGGUCUAUGGGUUAUCCUGCGUGCUGCUGUUUUGUUUACAUUGAAAUUAGAUUUCUAGAGUUGUUGAAUACAGAGCCCGGCCACUGUCAUGGGGGAAAAUUAAAACGAAUGUAUGCACACAAAUAAAUGAGUCAUGCUCUCAAAUUAAUAAAUUGCGCGUCGAAAUGACUAAAUGUUGUCCUCAAAUUACUGAAUUUGUACUCUCGUAUUAAGGGAUAUCAAAGAUAACACAAUGGUGUUCAACAGGCAAACUAGUCUCCACAGCGUUGUGGAGUAAGCAGAGACGGUUGCUCUGCAAAAUAGUCUUGUAAAGGAAGUUUUUUUGGUGGAACAUUUGCAACGUGAGCUAUUUAAAUUAGCUGGAUAUAUGUCGGAAUAGCGGCAUGUCUGAAUAGAAGCAUGUCGGAGUGGCGGCAUGUCGGACUGGCAGCAUGGAACCGCCCCUGUUAAUUCUGCCAGCAUUAGGCUACACAGUGGUGUAUGUGACCAAUAUUACUGAAACAACAUCCAAUGUACUAGCAUCACAACAGUACAAAAAGUGUUGAGGGGACAGGGAAUGUAACGAAUGUGGUGACCAAAAAGACAUUAAUGUAAAGUAAUAUAUUCACAGCUGCUAGCCAGGCUGUUAGCACUCUGGAUGCUCGUCAGUAACUGAUUGGAGUACACACAACACACUGUAACUUCACUUCCCACUGCUACAUGUCUUAUUAUUGGCAGAUUAGAUUGUCAGGUCAUGGGAAAUUUAUCUGCUUAGAUUUAAUGCAGUUUUGUUAAAGGCUAUGUAAUCUCUGACCUCCCCUGCUAAUAUGUUUAAUGCUAUGUUCUGUUAAAGCUGUAGUGCGUAGUUUCUGUCGUCCCCAUGAGUAAUGACAACAAAACUGUCUGUGCGUCCACAUGAUGCUUCAGAGUAGCAUUAAUCCCGUCAAAUCAAGGAGAACACGGAGGAUUAAAAAAACCUGAUGGACUCUUCAGAAGAGGUAAUUGUAGUUUUUAUGUCAUCUUAGUCUCCAACGCUGAACGGUCUUUCUUAGCGGUGACGUCAAAUGCAUCACUCGAGCUUCUGCGCGCAAAAUUUGCCAGAUGACACUAUCUUCUGAACAUAGCCAUACUGAGAAAUACAAAGAGAGCUGUGUGGAGCUGAUAGUCUUAAUUAGCCAAUGGCUUGAAUAUAACGGAUGCUCAUCAAUAUAAAAUAAUCACGCACUAUCUAAUUUGUGCACAUGAAUUAACUAAUUUGAGAGCAUGAAAUAUUAAUUUGUGUGUUGUGUAUUUGUAAUUUAAAUAGCCUAAUUGGGCAAACUAUUAAGUUUUCUUUUUCUGCAUGACAACCGCCACCUCUUUUGGCCUCACUGGAAAGCUGUUCUUUGUUCACUAUGUCUAGAAUGAGGUGGUGAAUACAUUUCAAUCAGGAGAGACUCCGUUGCAGAUAUGCAAACGUUUAAUAGAAGAAACCAGGUACAUAGACAUAGUAUAUGGAACAUAGUAGUUUUGGAGAUUAGUCUCCAUUGGAAGGGUAUCUCUCCAAUUCUUUGGUUUAGGAAAACCAAACACAUCCCCCAAUGGAAACCAGACACUGGUGGCGGCAAGGGAAGCCGGAGACGAACUAGAGCCGACAGCCAGGAGAAGACCGAGAACGCCGUCCAAAGGCCGGGAGGAGAAAGGGGAGGAGGCGGGACGCACUGAGUCUGAAAACAACUGACAGAAGCAGGAGAGAAGACAGCUUUAAAACACGGUAGUCAGCUGUGAUUGGUUGGAACAUAAGUGCCAGACUCUAAGUGGUUUACACCGUAACACCCACCGCCCGCUGACAGUAAAAGGGGGUGAGACCACAAAUAGAAGUCUCCCUGACUAAAUUUACGCUGAGCUCCAUAAGUUUCCUAAAAUAUUUCCUUAAAAGUUUAUAUUUGCCAACACUUUGGCUAAAUAAGAGGCUUUUCAUUUAAAAGGCCAGAAAAAUGUGUACCAAGCAGUUUUAUCCGCUCUAUCCGUCACAGUAUGAAAAUAGCAAGCAACAAAUCAGGCCACGUGAGUCCCAUGACAUAUCAUGAAAAUCUGAUUUUAGCUAAUGUGAGUCAGGUGGUCAGUUUUCUCUCCCCUCGCUACAACGGCUGCCUUACUAAUCAGUCUCCAAGUCUGUAAAAUGGCUCAGUCUGACUAGGGCUGGGUACUGAAUUCAAUACUUUUUUAGGCACAAACCGAAUUGCCUCCUUAGUGUCGAGUAUUGAUAAAAAUGCCUCGUCAUUCGAUACCCAAUUUCAAAAUCUAAGGAGUAAGUCUUAUCAGUGAGAGUGAGCCAAUAAGCAUGCAGCAUGCAUCUACCAGGAUCUACUAAUGCUGCUGAUUGGCUGUCUAACGUUACAAAACUCUACUUUACGCAAAGAGACUGGGCUCACGUAGUAGGAGUUGAAAAAAAUGAAAAAAGAUUUGGGACCUAAUGUUGUAAUUUGUUUUUGU